GCUGUGCGCGCUAUUCGGCCAGUAAGGAAAGUGAGGGGGAGGAGGGUGCGCGCCGAUUCCUGUCAGGAGACCAAGAAGCCGCCGUCGCGUCUCAUGUUCCGCUCCCAGCAUGGCCAGUGAGGUCCGGUCGUGGGAGCCGACUGACAGCCCGCUGCCCGCCCAGGGCCCCGACCCCCGCUAAGAGAACUCUCUUCCUUCUUUACGGAUACAAUGUCUCUCGUCCCACCGCGGCCUUCGAAUGGCUCGAGCUCGGACAGCUCGCUGGCCCCUAGGGAAGAGGCCCAGAGCCGGCCUGACGAUUUCCGGCGCCGCCGCCACACCAUGGACAAGGACAAGGCCGAGCACCGCUUCUUCCGCCGCAGCGUCAUCUGCGACUCCAAUGCCACCGCUUUGGAACUUCCUUCCUCCAACCAGCACUGCAUCGCCGGCUCCCCGCCCGACUCCGGCCCGGCCUCGCCUCCCACCGCGCCCCCCGAGGAGGAGACCCCUGAGCCCGUCGCCUUGGCCCCAGUCAUUCACGUCACCCGGCCGGCCGUACAAGAGGAGAAGCCAACGGACGAUAAUGAGGAGCUGGAAACCAAGGCGGUGGGCUUCUCCCCGGACGGACGCUUCCUCAAGUUUGAUAUCGAGAUUGGCCGGGGCUCCUUCAAGACUGUCUACAAGGGGCUGGACACGGAGACCACCGUGGAAGUGGCCUGGUGUGAGCUGCAGGAUCGCAAACUGUCCAAGUCGGAACGCCAGAGGUUCAAAGAGGAAGCCGGCAUGCUCAAAGGGCUUCAGCACCCCAACAUUGUCCGUUUCUAUGAUUCUUGGGAGUCUACGCUAAAGGGCAAGAAGUGCAUAGUGUUGGUGACUGAGCUGAUGACUUCAGGCACACUAAAAACGUAUCUGAAGAGAUUCAAAGUGAUGAAACUGAAAGUUCUUCGAAGCUGGUGUCGUCAGAUUCUCAAAGGACUUCAAUUUCUUCAUACUCGAACCCCUCCCAUCAUCCACCGAGACUUAAAGUGUGACAAUAUCUUCAUUACUGGCCCCACAGGGUCUGUGAAGAUCGGAGACCUGGGCCUGGCCACGCUGAAGAGGGCAUCAUUUGCCAAGAGUGUAAUAGGUACCCCUGAGUUCAUGGCGCCUGAGAUGUAUGAGGAGAAAUACGAUGAAUCGGUAGACGUGUAUGCUUUUGGGAUGUGCAUGCUUGAGAUGGCCACUUCUGAAUACCCUUACUCCGAGUGCCAAAAUGCUGCGCAGAUCUACCGCCGUGUCACAAGUGGUGUGAAGCCAGCCAGCUUUGAUAAGGUUGCCAUUCCAGAGGUGAAAGAGAUUAUCGAGGGAUGCAUUCGUCAGAAUAAGGAUGAAAGGUAUGCCAUUAAAGACUUGCUGAACCAUGCCUUCUUCCAAGAGGAGACUGGGGUGCGAGUUGAACUGGCAGAAGAGGAUGAUGGAGAAAAGAUAGCCAUAAAACUGUGGUUACGCAUUGAAGAUAUCAAGAAAUUAAAAGGCAAAUACAAGGAUAACGAAGCCAUAGAAUUUUCUUUUGACUUGGAGAGGGAUGUCCCCGAUGAUGUAGCUCAAGAAAUGGUAGAAUCUGGCUACGUCUGUGAAGGUGAUCACAAAACCAUGGCCAAGGCGAUCAAAGACAGAGUGUCGCUGAUCAAACGUAAACGAGAGCAGCGUCAACAGGUGCGAGAAGAGCAGGAGAAGAGGAAGCAAGAGGAGAUCAGCCAGCAGCAGCCUGAAUCGCAGCUCCCGAGCCCACAUCAGGGCACAGGAAUAUCUGCACAACCUAGCUCUGGUCCAGCCCCUGCCCUGACCAGUUUGCCAAAUGCCUCUGCCAGCCAGGUGGAGCCAGAGGAGCCUGAAGCUGAUCAGCAUCUGCAGUACCAGCAGCCCAGCAUAUCGGUGACAUCAGAUGGAAUCCUAGACAGUGGGCAAGGCUCCUCCGUGUACUCCGAGUCUCGCUUGGGCAGUCAGCAAACUGUUUCCUAUGGCUCCCAACAGGAUCCUAUCCUUCCUUCUGGCACCAUCUCUGGAUAUAGCACUCCAGCUCAGCCAGGGGUCGGGACGCAGGUUCCAGGACAGGGCACUUUAACAUCAGUGGGGAUUGGCACCCAGCCAGCUGUUCACACACAGGGUGUUUCCCCCACUCAUCAGGCAGCACAGUACCCAGUGGCAACAGCUAUGUCCAGUCUGCCUGCACCAACUCAAACGGUCAUUACCCAAGCUACUGUUCCUGCCCCCCAGCUGCCAGUUUCUCAGCCUUUACAAGCUGCCCAAGGAGAGCCUGUGGUUCCUGCUCCAACAGUUCCAACCCCACUGUCGCAUGUUGCCCCGAGCAUGACUGCCCCCAUGCCACCCCAGUAUUUACCCUUAACUCAACCUUUAGUGGCCAUCCCUUUAAUCCCUCAGUUCACUGCUCCCAAGUUGCCAAUGACUGUGCCUUCCGCAAUUGUACACACAGGCUUUCCUGCCCUGCCUGUGCCUAUGUCCCCUGGGUUUGGCCAGGCAUUGCCAGGCUUGCCCCCCUCAUUUUUAGGUACACCAGUGCUUCCUCCUGGACAGGCAGUUAUUGUUCCAAGCCGCAUACCUGUUGCUCUCCAGCCCUUGACACAGGUCCCACCUCUGACUGUGCAUCCUGUGCCUCCACCUGUUGGAUUUUCAACCACCCUGGGACAAGCUGUUGAGCCUCUGCGUCCUCCUGGAGAUGCUGCAUACCAGGCCUUCCAACCUCCUGUAACCUCCCAGAUGCCUGUAGAAACAGGCGUUCCUUCUGCCUCUGUCCACCCUUCAUCAGUAGUGUCACCUACCACCCGCACAGACUGCCUGCCACAAACUGGGUACAGCACUGGCUUACCACAACCUUACCUGAAGGGCAGUGGACUACCUCCACAGGGCAUCCCAGCUUUGCAACCAACAGCACCUUUACUUGGCUCGGCACAGCCAGUUCCAGAGGGCCCACAAAUUGCCUCUCAAGUUGCCCCUGUGGAGAUGCCAUCAACUCAAACUACCCAAGUGGUGUCUUCCAUUGACAGCGCCCACUCGGAUGUGGCAUCUGGGCUCAGUGACGGUAACGAGGGAGUUUCCGGCUCCAGUGGUAGACACGAAGGCCGCACCACCAAACGGCACUACCGAAAGUCUGUGCGCAGCCGCUCAAGACAUGAGAAAACCUCACGCCCGAAACUUAGAAUCCUUAAUGUGUCAAACAAGGGAGACAGAGUAGUGGAAUGCCAGCUGGAAACGCACAACCGCAAGAUGGUCACCUUCAAAUUUGACCUAGAUGGGGACAAUCCUGAGGAAAUAGCGACCAUCAUGGUUCAUAAUGUCUUCAUCCUGGCCACAGAGAGAGACUCAUUUGUCGAGCAGGUUAAAGACAUCAUAGAAAAGGCAGAUGAAAUGCUUAAUGAGGAUGUCAGUGCAGAGCCUGAAGGUGAGCAAGAGGUGGAGAGUAUGCAGAUAAAGGAUGGGUAUUACCCAGAAUCUCAGAAGUUGGAGGAUGCGUUCAGAAAGCCGGAUCCAGUGUAUUACUUACCCCAAAGAGCAGAACUCGCUCCCGGCCUCCAUGCCCAAGUUGUUCACUCUGCCGGUAGACGGUUCAUAGUCAGUCCAGUUCCAGAGAGUCGACUGAGGGAGCCAACCUUCUUUAAUACAUCACAGGAUUCACAGAUGACGGUUUCCACUUCCCAUGGUUCUGGCAUCGCAGUUACUUCUCACGCACCUGGGAUGAACCUCUCUCAUUCUGCAUCAUCUGUCAGUCUCCAUAAUGCCUUUGCAGAGCUACGACAGGCUCAGAUGGCUGAUGGUCCCAGCACGGCUCCACCAAUUUUUAAUCAAACUGGACCUCCGUUUCCAACAUCUCUGACGAAUAUCGUUGGGUCAUUCUCAGGAGGGUUAUCUGGCCUGCCCCCAUCAUCUACAGCUGCACCCAGCAGCCUGCCAUCAGGAGUGACUCAGCUGCUGGUGGAAGGUGUUGUGACUCCUAGCGUUACAGGAGUGUCGGCCCAUAGCACCAUGCCAAGCACCGUGCCUACAAUCACCACUGUGUCUACCCAGCCACUCACUACAGGAGUGGUAUCUGGGGUUUCUGUGUCCACAUGUGUACCUCCAGCUGUGGCUUCACUUCCUAGUUUGCCUCUAGUUGUGGGCAUGCCUGUGGCACCUGGAACAGUGACUUCACCCCCACCACAGUCACUUUCAACGGCAAGCACUGCUGCAGUCAUACCACAGACCCUUGCAUCUCCUCCACUGCAGCUGCCAGUAGGCAAUGUUGCUUGUACUCUGCCUCACACAUCUGUGUCAGCGCCAGUUAUGAGCACUGUGACACCAGCGCAAGUUCAGCUGAGCAGUAGCACCUCCACUCCGAGCUUUGUGGAAAGUGUCACCUCUAGUGCUGCUCAUCAAGAUGUCACGAAGAAACCAGCAGAGGUCACCGCUGCCAUAAGUACAAUGGGUAUGUCCCUCCCUAUCUCUGCUCCUCUCACUUACGCAGGAGUGGCAGCUUCUGGUAUUGCAGUGGUGGCUGAUAGUGUGCCUAGUAUUCACCCCACUCAUCUUCAAACAGCUAUCGCAACAACACCGAUUAUAUCACAAACAGGUGGAACAGUGUCCACGCCACUUGCCUCUCAGGUUCCUAUGUCUGGAGCUGUGCCUGUAAACAACCAGAUCCCCGCUGUUCAGCACACAUUGCAACAUGGUCAGACGCUGCCUAGCACGGGCCCUGGACUUACUCACACCCAUUCUAUUGAAGGUGAAGACAGUCUGACAAAGUCUGGAAUAGAUGAUAUCAAGACUUUGGAAGAGAAGCUGAGGUCGCUUUUCAGUGAGCAUGGCGGUGUUGGCACACAACAUAGCUUAACCCCACAAGAGGCUCCAAUUGGACAAGAGGGGGUUCCCUUGCCUGGACCUCCAUCAACCACCAUCUCCACCCAGACCAAGCCUACAUCAACAGCACCACCCACCAGUUUACCUUUAGGACAGUCUGGCAUGUCCGUCUUGGGCCAAGGUGUGACUCCAGGACAGGCUGUUACCCCUGUCACCUAUGCUGCAGCGGCUUCCACUGCACCUCCUGGAAAAGCUGUGACCCCUCCCUCAAAGCCCCCACUCAGCAGAGUACCGGUGCUCCCAACCGGGGCAGAGAGCACAGUGGGGAGCCCGCCUGGCGAACAGCCACCUCCUCUUCCUGGACCUUCACUAACUCAGUCCCAGCAGCCCCUGGAAGACUUGGAUUUCCAGUUGAGAAGAACGUUGAGCCCAGAAAGUGUCCCUGUGUCCUCUGCACCCAGCUGUCCUGUGACAGGUACAGCUACUACAACUGCUGCCGGUCCAGUGGAUAUCCAGCCCAAGCUUGCCACUGAUGUUCCAGAGCAGGCAAAAGCCAAGCCCGCAGCAGAGACGGGUGGUGGAGUCCUGAAAAUGGGGCGAUUUCAGGUGUCUGUAGCUGUAGACGAUGUCCUGAAGCUGAGUGAGGAGCCAAAAUUGCCACAGCGGGAAUUUUCAUCCACCUCAUCCACCACCUCUUCUUCUUCUUCUUCCAUGUCGUGUAGCAGCCCAGAGAGUACACUGGUGAAGCCAAGGCUCAGUGCAUCUGGGUCCUUGGACAUAGUGGAUGGUGUAGGACCAGUCCAAGUUCCCACACAUGGCUCCUCCUCAAAACAGUCUGUACAGGUGGGGCGUUUCCAGGUUACCACCUCCAUCGCUGAUAGAGUAGGCCGUUUUUCAGUAUCUCGUGCACAGGAUGGCCCAUCAUCGGGUCACACAGAGACAGAACAGCCACGAGCUUCUUCUCCAAAGAUGCAACCCCAUCUCAAUGGACCAUCUUCCCAUACCGAAUCAUCAGCCACCCUAAGCGAUCCACCCAAAGGAGUCCAUGAUGAAAGCCUGGGGAGCCCUGUUAUGCCUCACCCUCUAGGUUCAAAGGCCAGCUUGCAAAGUCUCAGCAACUCCUUUAACUCUUCCUACAUGAGCAGUGACAAUGAAUCCGAUAUAGAAGACGAGGAGCUAAAGAAAGAGCUUCGGCGGCUACGGGAUAAGCACCUGAAGGAGAUCCAUGAGUUACACAGUCGCCAGAAGCAGGAAAUUGAGCAGCUAUACUCAACCUUAGGCAAAGUCCCUCCUUCUGUCAUAAUCCCUCCUGCAGCGCCCCUCUCAGGUCGGAGGAGGAGACCCACCAAAGGGAAAGGCAGCAAGUCCAGUAGGGGGAGUUCUCUUGGGAACCGCAGUCCCCAGCUUUCAGGUGACCUGUCCACACAGAGUGCUCCUGCCACCAUUCCCCCCCAGCAGAACCUUCUCCUUCCCCCUACUAGUGUGCCGGACCCCGGACACCACCUGAAACCCUCACCCUCCAGUGACAUCCUCUGCUCUGCCUUCACCAGUGACGCUGCCCUCUCUGUGCCCAGUUUAUCCGCCCAGGGACAAGGCUGGGCCAAGUUUAACUGUGCAUCAGAGCGGGUAUCCUUCAAAGUUGCUGGCAGGAGGACGCGAUUUCUGAGUACGCCCUGCUUGGCUCUUUGGAAGAUGGUGAAAAAAGUCUGCCCUUGCAACCAGCUCUGUAGGACAAGCAGUACAAAUACAGUUGCCCCUUCCACUGCUCCAGUCCCACAAACAAACACAGCCCCGGUGUCCUCCAGUCGCAAAGGGACAUUCACAGACGAUCUGCACAAGCUUGUCGAUAACUGGGCUCGGGACGCCAUGAACCUAACUGGAAAAAAGAGCAGCAAAACACCAGGACACCCCAACUAUGAAGGUCCUGGUAUGGCUCGGAAAUUUUCUGCCCCUGGACAGUUGUGCAUGAAUCUGCCUUCUUCCCUUGGGGUACCAGUCUCCAUGCCUACAGCCUCUGCCAACUCCCUGGCUCAGUACCCCAAAGGCGUCUGCCCCCCUCAGCAGUUCGGUUUCUCUGGCGCAGCCUUUCAAGGGCAGUGGAGUGGACCUGGACUACCACCAUCUUCCCAGCCCAUCAACCAGUUCCCUCCGACUGUGACUACUUCCUUACAGAACUUUAACAUCAGCAACCUUCAAAAAUCAAUCAGUAACCCUCAGGGGUCCAACCUGAGGACUACCUAGCAGGAGAAUGGCAGGUGAACCCCGACAAAUACUGCAAAACUGAGGGAAAGAGCAGGAGGGUAGAGUGCUACAAGAUCUUCUCAGCCACCGCAAGCCCCACAGUGCUAUUACUCCUGUCUCUCGCGUUCGCUUCUGUCCCUGUUUCUCUGUCCAAGGAGGCGGGACCCCGUUCCAUCUGAAAGGUUGCUGUGAGCGCUCUGAAAUUGUGCACAAUGGCCGUAGCACAUUCAGGAAGACGGGAGUGAGGGAGGUUCCAGACCCGUUUGAUGAGCAGCAGAUAGGGGUUGCUGUCUUCUCUGCUCUUACGGUAUAUAGGUCAUUAAUGCUUUCAAUUUAAGAACUUUUUAACGGCUAUUGACUGCAGCAUUAUACUUGUAUGAAUUAAAGUAAAUAUAUAAAUAUAUAUAAAUAUAUAAAAAGUAAUUGAAAAAAAAAAAGUUCGGUGAGGACAAUACUCUGCCAUCAGUUAUGAUGUGGAUACACUGUGAUAUAAUAUAUUUAUGUUGUUGGACAACAUUAGUAGUUAUGAUAAAAUAGCGCAAUGUUAAGAAGGUUACAGAGAAAACCAGAACAUCACGCUCCUAUCUCCUCAUCAGUCACUUUAAUAAAAAGAAAAAAAUCA